AUGUUUAUAAAAAUCCUGUUCUGGGCAGUUGAAUGUAGGAGAAGAGAAAAUCAAUCGUUUGCCGAAAGUCAAGAGCAAUUAUGUGGUGAUGAUUACGAUACGGAUACAUCGAAACGUCCAAUCACUUAUACAUUGAUCCAGAUUUGGGGCUUCUUUGAAACAUUAAUUCUAGUUGUUUUAUUAAUAACAAAAACAAAAGAUAUUGGUGACAACUUUUUAGAUGGAUUUUGUUCACACUCGUUUUGUGAUCGGAUCGUUUUUAAGGCGAUCGUUUUAAAAAUUGUCUCCUCAAUCCUUUUGACACUGGGAUCAAUACACGAAAUCACUGUCUUAAUGCUACCAUGGUUUGUAAUCAAUGUGUUCGGUAUAUAUCCGUUGUGGGAAGUAGUUUUGUCAUCAUAUGUGACAUUUGGGGAAUUUAGAUCACUCCUUUUGGAUAAUAUCGAUAAAUGGACGAAUUAGACAUCUUGAAGUAUCAUUCAUUUGUAAGUUCAGUAUCUUCAUCUCGCAUGCGAAUAAAAAUACUUAGGCGCUGUUUUAAUCGUGACCACUUUAAGCAUCAUUCAUCAAAGCAACUACAAAAAAAAUGGUAUCUCCAUCGUAGUUACUGCAACAGCUGAUACAAUUAAAUGACUCAUUGCCUUUGUAAAACGAAUACUGUAAUCAUAGUCAUUUAAAUGACGCAUAAUUUCUUCAGUAUUCCUAUUCAAUUUAGUGUGUUCGCAACAUUCAUCUCGUACUAUUGUUUAAAUGUCAAUUGUUUUUUUUUUAUUUCUAUUA